AUGGCAGAUCUCAAGGCCAGGGCCGAGGCAGCAGUGCCCAAAUUCAAGCUCCUCAAGGUCCUCAACCAAGACCAAGCAGGCCGCCGCAUCGCCCUCCACGGCACAAUCGACGACGUCCCCGCCGUCAUGGUCGUCGAGCGCGCCACGAUACCCUCGUCGGAAGCCUACCUCGCGGCGCUGCCCUCGUCCCUCGCGCGUAUCCGGAAUCUCGGCGCAAACGACAUUUACGCGUGGAGCAUGGCCAGGACGGGAUCCGACAAUGGGCACGAAAACGGCGUCGACUUCUUUGCCGACUUGAAAAUCAACCUCAUCUACCCGUGCACGGAGGCGCACGUCAAAAAGUACAGCAAGCAGGGCGUGCGCUUCGUCACCGAGACGCCGGAGAUUUAUAGGAAUCACAUCCGGCCCUUUAUGCAGCUCAAGCGCGAGCAGGGCCGGCUCAACUGGGUCUACAACAUCAUCGAGGGCAGGACCGAGGUGGAAGACGUGAUAUUCAGGACUAAGCUUGGCGAGGCCGGCGACGAGGGCUUCCUGCUGCUGCCGGACCUCAACUGGGACCGCAAGACGCUCGAGGCGCUGCAUCUGCUGGCGCUGGUCGAGCGGCGGGACAUUUGGUCGCUGCGCGACCUCAAGAAGAAGCACAUUCCCUGGCUGCAGCACAUCAAGGCCAAGGUCGUCGGCGCCACCACCGAGACGUACCCGACCAUUGAGGAAAACCAGCUCAAGCUCUAUGUUCACUAUCAACCGACCUACUACCACUUCCACAUACACAUUGUCCAUGUUGCGCUCGAGGCCGGCGCCACGCAGGCCGUGGGCAAGGCCGUCGGCCUCGACAGCAUCAUUGAGACGUUGAAGGUCAUGGGCGGAGAUGACGAGGCGGGCAUGGAUGCGCUGUCGAUGAGCUACACGUUGGGCGAGGCGAGCGAGUUGUGGACGGACGUUUACGAGCCGCUGCUUAAGACGAGCCCUGGUACAGCUUCUGAAUAG